GAGCUGGCAUCACCGAAAAAAUGACGUUUGUUGACAGGUGUACUUUGUUAUCAUCCAGAGUAUUUUCGACUUUUUUAAUCAGAAAUAAAUUUUUGUGUAAAAAUACAAGCAGAUUUCAUAUGGAUAUUAAGAAUGAAACCAAGCCAACCAUGGAAAUUACUAACAUACCGCCUAUUGUAUCAAUAUACCGGCACGCAAUGCGCACCUUUGAUGACAAUUUCAAAAUGGAUUUCACGACCAACUUAAAUAAGUUAAAAUCUAUGAUGGAUCACCUCAAAGCUGAAGAUUUCGCAUUCGAUAAUAGCCUCAACGAUAUCGAGACAUGGAGGCAGCCGCUUAAAGCCCCAUGUACGUACAUUAAAGUGUUUGAAGACUAUCAGAUAAAUAUGAGCAUUUUCGUGUUAAAACCUGGUUUUCGAAUGCCUCUCCACGAUCACCCUCGUAUGCAUGGACUAUUGAAAGUGAUUACUGGUGCAGUGAAUAUACGGAGUUUCUCUGAGUACCCAUUAACAGAACAGGUGAGUAGCUUAGACCUCAAGGUGCGCGCGAGAUUCGAGGCAGCUCGUUUGGCACGGGGUAUUCACAGAAGGAGAAGGCUUUUCGCGGAAGUGACGGCUGAUCGUGUGUGUAAGGCCAAUGCUGAGACCUGCAUCCUCACUCCAACAAUAUCAAAUUACCACGAAAUCGAGGCCUUGGAUAUGCCUGCAGCAUUCUUUGAUAUACUUUCACCACCAUACGAUACGAUGAUUGAAGGUAUAGGUCCUAGAAGGUGCCGGUAUUAUGAAGUGGCUAACGUAAUAAGUAGUAAUCUAGUUGAAUUGGAGGAGAUAGAAGUGCCAAAAUGUUUUUAUUGUGAUCAAGCACCAUACUUAGGGCCCACACUUGCUUAGAUACAAAUUCAUCUAAAUUUAGGUAGCUAGUUAUUCUCAAUUAUGGAAAUAAUAGUAGUUAGGCGGUGUAUAAAUUUUAAUGUUAAUUAAUUAAGUCACAUGCUUGAUUGCCUAUUGGGGCAAAAGCAAACGAAUGUAAGUGAAAACCAUAGUGCAAAUAUUUUGUGCCUUCUAUACAAAGUUGACAUAACAUAGGCAACUAUUGUGAAAAACAAUGUAGUUUAGCUUUAUCAAUAGUAAAUUAUUAUUAUAAAGCUGUUAUUAAAUUUUAAACUUUAAAUAUAAAAUGAAUAGUAUUUCUACAAAAUGAAAAAAUACAUAUUAUAGACUGUUGAUUCUAUUAAAAUACACUACAAAACUAGUCAAAAUAAACAUGUGAUAGUUCAAUUAAAGAUAUAGAGAGAUGAAGAUAUUAGCAAUCCAUGGAUUCAUUGUGGUGGUGCCAGGUCCAUUAGGCUGCUGAGAGAGAAACUUUGAGAAAGCCAGUACACUUGCGAUGCUAGUGUAGGUUUUACAAAUUAAUUAUGAAACUGACAACUUCUUUAUAAAUUAAAAAAAAAAACUUUGAUUUUAAUUCUUAAUAAAUAAAAUUCUAAAAAAGUGUUGGAGAACAGAUUUUCUUAAAAUUCUAAAAUGUACAAUGACACAACAAUGACACUAACAAAUCAUGAUAUUCUGAACACCUCAUGAUGUUCGGAUUUAUAACAAAUAUAUCAGUCUCGACCUCUCAUAGUACACGGAAUACCAUUUUAGGGCUAGACGAUACUGAAUUGUCCCUGUGUGACUAUUGAUUUAUUUAAAAGGUUUGGUUCAAAAAUGUUAUUUGCAAUCAUGCAUUUGAAACCUGUAUUUCAACAUUAUAACAUGUAGACCAGUUACCAACUAAAUUAAUUGAUAUAAGAUUAGUAAAAUUAAUAUAAAUGCUUUGUUGUGUAAAAUCUUAAUUGAUAUGAUGUUAUCAUUGUUGUCAUAUUUCGCAAACUGAUUGUGAUGUAGUGAUCACUCGUUAUUGUAUGGCAAGUGAUUUAUUGCAUAAAACUGUAAUUUUCUAGUCUUUUAGAUUUAUCUCUUUUCUUCUGUAUUUGCGCAAUAGUUGCUUUUAAUAUAACUUUCUUUAAUUUACAAUUUUGCUAAGUACUUCUUGAAUAGUAUUUUAAAAUUUUAGGCUUUUUGUCGUCAAGUCUCCAUGCAGAAUAUUUUGUUUUCUCUAAAUUAUUAAGUAAUAUUUAUAACACUAUUCCCUUUUCUAAGAUUUUUUAAAUAGUCAACAAAAAAAAUUUAAAACUGUUCCAUAAACAUAUAAACCUAAUUUUAAAAAGUACAAAUUGAUUUUUUUAUGUGGAACUUCUUGAUUGAAUCACUUAAUUUUUAGACUUUUUAACACUAUAUCAUCAAAACAGUUGAUUUUGCUUAACUUCAAAUGAAGGUAAUUAUGUACUCUCUUGCUAUGCUAUGCUAUGCUCUUUACAUGUGUUAUGUGUUUUCUUUUCUAUGCUGGGAACACAGGGUCAUGAAUUUGUGACACAGUUAGUGGGUUUACUGAAAAUGUUCCAGUAUUGCAUUAAUUUUUUUUGUCAUAAUUAUGAAACAAUCGUCCAAUGUAAAAGUGUAGAAAACAUUACUCAGAAACAUCAAAAAAAGUAUAUUAUGAACUGUUUUGUGUAACAAUGAGUACAAAAUUAUAUGUUAAGCUAUUCCACUCUGUGUUUAAUGAAAAAUCACACAAAAUUAAGUUGGAACUGACAAUAUGUAAAUUAUUAAUUAUAUAUAGUUUACUGAUACAACUGCCCCUAUUGAAAAUUUCAUUUUUUAAUUACCUUCACAAUAUCCAUCUUUGUAUAAAAUAAAGUGUAUAUACUGUACUCUAAAGUUCUUGGUUCCCUACAGUUACGUUAUGUAUAGUUUUUACUAUGUUUAAGGUAAUCAUAUAUUUUAUGUUAAAUUCAGUCUAUUAAAACACUGUAAAAUAUUUGUUUAAACAAAUUAGUUAUAGAACAGUUUGAAAAGUUUUUAUUCAAUAAUUAGAAUCAGCCUUUAUAUCUUAGUUUAGUUAAAAUCGACACUAGCAAUGAAAAAAAAUUUUACAGCAAUUUCUUAAAACUCACGGUAGGCAGCGGCUUGGCUCUGCCCCUGGCAUUGCUGAAGUCCAUGGACGACGGUAACCACUCACCAUCAGGCGGGCCGUAUGUUCGUCUGCCUACAUGGGCAAUGAAAAAAAAAACUCACACACGAGUAUGGGAGUAUUAUUGUCUAAAACGUUCAUCACAUUUAAUUAAGUAUGUACAGAAUUUACAUUCCUUCAAAAAUGCAUUUUAAGUAAUAGAUCACAAUUAAUCUAUGACUAUAAGAGGCAAUGUGCACAAAGAAUUGCAACGAAUUUUUUAUGUGAUCUCUAAUUGUAAAAUUAAGAUAGCUUAAAUGAGAAAAAAAUAAUAGAUUACCUAAGCUCGACAUAAAGACAAAAUUAGAAGAAACAAGUAUUUAACAAUGUGAUGAUUUAAGAUGUAUCCUGUAGUAUUUGUUCAUAAGCAAAAUCAUGUUAUAUUAAAAUUAAUUUAUUUUUAAUUCUAAAAAAUUUCUACAUUAAAGUCACUCCGUUAAUAUUUAGAAUGUAUAAAAACGUGGAAGCUUUGCCAAAAAUCAUAGUAUUUUUUUAAAAAUGAGAUUUGGUAAAAUUCAAAUUACCUUGCCUGGUCAACCGCAAGGUCAAUGAACCUACACUUGAAUGCUGGAGAACAAGAAAUACCAUUUUCUCGUUUCGUUUCGUAACUUCCGUAUAGAUCGCUUCGAUGGAUAGUGAUAAUGGACUGUAUUGUGUUAUCUGUGUGCUUAGUGCGAGUUUUUUAACGUUCUCGAUAACGAUAGCGUAAAAGUUUUUAUAAUUUAAGUAGUAAAACCAAUUUUGUAUGCAGUUGGAACAGCGCCCCUAACGGCAAACGUACGCAAGCGAUCCCAUUCCAUACAAAUAUGAGCUAAUUUUUACGCUAUCGAGAACGUGAUUUUUUUUUUUUUUUCUAAGCUGUUAGCCCUAGCGGCUAUGUCAGCGUAACCCUAACUUUAGUAGGUGAGCUCACGGGGCUCAAACCUGACGAUGUUGCUAACACGAACCCUAGCAAGAGCCGUGCUUCGCAGAAUCUACCACCGGAUCGGAAACGCGAUCCACUGAGAAGAUCCGGCGAGAAACUCAGUGGGCUGUGUCUGAGAGUUAAUUUCGGGUUCGACGAGAACGGUGACCGGUGCUUGAAGUACCUAAAAGCACCGUUAGUGGAUCGGGAGGAUCCGAGAUGACGUGUUUUGGGCGACGUCGACUGCUUUCCAUUCUGUCCGCAGGAUCGGGAAUGUAGUUACCGGCGGCCACGAUAAGAGGGUUCUCGUGUCGUGCCGCUUUAUCGAAGUGGGAACGUUAAUAAACUCGCACUAAGCACACUGUUUAUUAUGAAUUACAAUUUGAUUAAAGUGUAAAUGAGUCGACUAUUAUCAAAGCCGGCAAUCUGACUUUUGGAUAAUUAUUGGUAAAUCAGAAAAACGAAUUAUUGACUUUGUAUUCCUUUGGCAGUCACAAAACUUUUCGGAACGACAUCUUAGAUAAAUAUUAGGUUAACUAUUAACCUUUAUUUAAUGCAGGUUUUGAACCGUAUUCUUUGAAGGAGACGAUUAUAUUCAAAUCAAUCUGUAUUGACAUAUCAAUAACAUUUUUUUGUCCAGAUGCACAGAUUGCCACCUUUGAUAAUAGACGACUCAAAUACAGUGCAGACGCGCUCAAUAAAUACAUUAGUAUUGUAAUUUGUUGUCGACUUUUGAUUCCGAUGUUGUGAUAUUCGAUAGAGGCGGCUCUCGCAGGACUACGAGGGUUAUUGCGAAGCGGCAAAAAGCUCAAGACGCAGUGCCUUUACUGCGAAUCAUAUAAAACAAAAUUUAGAGAAACUGCAAUAGUAGGUAGGUACUUAUUUGUACUCCAGUCCACGUUAUUUAGAGAGCACUAUGAACUGAAAAUGUAUAUUGUAAUUAUUAUUAUACUUAAAAAUUGCCAUGUGCUUAAAAGAAUUGAACUAAAUAUUUAGAUAAUAAUAGUAUGUAUGUAUUUUAUUAUUUUUUUAUUAAGGAUACAUUUUUGUUAUUAAAAAAUUUAAACUGUU